AUGGCCUCUAGAAGAACAACCUCAAUCGCUAUCUUUCUUGUAUUGAACCUUGUUUUGUUUAAUUUUGCUUUCGCUACAAACUCGGCCCAAUCUCUUGACUCUUGCCCCUCAGAUGCCCUUGAGUUGAAUGUGUGCGCAGAUGUACUUGAUUUUGUUCACCUUCGCAUUGGAUCUUCUAAGAGGGAUUCAUGUUGUGGCAUUGUGGGUAACCUAAUUAGCCUUAAUGCUUCUACUUGCCUUUGCACCGCGGUUCAUGCCAACAUCUUAGGUCUUGUUAACCUCGACCUCAGUGUUGCUCUUAAUGCUCUUAUCAACUUUUGUGGUAGUGAGCUCCCUAAUGGCUUCCAUUGUCCUCCACUUCAGACUUAG